CGUAUGGAAACCCUAAUCGUCCUCCCUUCCCGCCAAUCUCUAUAAAGAGGUCGCCCGAUGAGCUUGUCCUUCCGCAUCGAUCGGGCUGUCGGCGUAGGAUCUGCUCCGGCACUCACAGAUAGAUAAUCGUCUCCAGCUGUCUUCAUGGGGAAAGAGAAGGUUCACAUUAACAUCGUGGUUAUUGGCCAUGUCGACUCCGGGAAGUCGACCACCACCGGCCACCUCAUCUACAAGUUGGGCGGCAUCGACAAGCGUGUGAUCGAGAGGUUCGAGAAGGAAGCUGCCGAGAUGAACAAGAGGUCUUUCAAGUACGCUUGGGUGCUCGACAAGCUCAAGGCCGAGCGUGAAAGAGGAAUCACCAUCGACAUUGCCCUGUGGAAAUUCGAGACCACUAAAUACUAUUGCACAGUCAUUGACGCCCCCGGACACCGCGACUUCAUCAAGAACAUGAUCACCGGAACUUCCCAGGCAGACUGUGCCGUUCUCAUCAUUGAUUCCACCACUGGUGGCUUCGAAGCUGGCAUCUCCAAGGAUGGCCAGACUCGCGAGCAUGCGUUGCUUGCAUUUACUCUCGGAGUCAAACAGAUGAUCUGUUGCUGUAACAAGAUGGAUGCUACUACUCCAAAGUACUCGAAGGCCCGAUAUGAUGAAAUCGUAAAGGAGGUUUCUUCUUACCUCAAGAAGGUUGGCUACAACCCUGAGAAGAUACCCUUUGUUCCAAUCUCCGGGUUUGAGGGUGAUAACAUGAUUGAGAGAUCUACCAACUUGGACUGGUACAAGGGCCCAACUCUGCUCGAGGCUCUCGACUUGAUUAAUGAGCCGAAGAGGCCUACGGACAAGCCCCUUCGUCUUCCUCUUCAGGACGUUUACAAGAUCGGAGGCAUUGGCACUGUGCCGGUUGGUCGUGUUGAGACCGGUGUCCUUAAACCUGGCAUGGUUGUCACCUUCGGCCCUACUGGGCUCACCACUGAAGUCAAGUCAGUCGAGAUGCACCACGAAGCCCUACAGGAAGCUCUCCCCGGCGACAAUGUCGGCUUCAACGUGAAGAAUGUUGCCGUCAAGGAUCUGAAGAGAGGUUUUGUCGCAUCCAAUUCCAAGGAAGACCCUGCCAAGGAGGCUGCCAACUUCACUUCUCAGGUCAUUAUCAUGAACCAUCCUGGUCAGAUCGGCAAUGGCUACGCCCCCGUGCUUGAUUGCCACACCUCCCACAUCGCAGUGAAGUUUGCCGAGAUUCUAACGAAGAUCGAUAGGCGAUCAGGAAAGGAGCUCGAGAAGGAGCCCAAGUUCCUUAAGAAUGGCGACGCAGGGUUCGUGAAGAUGAUUCCCACCAAACCCAUGGUCGUGGAGACAUUCUCUGCGUAUCCUCCGCUGGGCCGGUUCGCGGUGAGGGACAUGCGUCAGACAGUGGCUGUCGGAGUGAUCAAGAGCGUGGAGAAGAAGGAUCCCACCGGUGCCAAGGUCACCAAGGCCGCCGCCAAGAAGAAGUAACCCCUGUUGUUUUAGUCGCUUAAUUCGGAACAAUGAUUUAGAUGCUGUUUUUGAGUUUUUGUCAUGGAUCAGUGAGGUUGGAUUUUUGUUUGCUUCGAGGGUGUUGUCUAGGUCUGUGCUGCUCCCGAGCUGCUCGAGUAGGUAUUUCUUCGUGUGUAAGCUUCCAUUAGUUUAAUGGUUAUCAAUGGUGUUCUAGGGCCUUCGUGGUCGUGAACUAGGACUUGUUGAUCGCAA